AAAUAAUAAUAAGGGUAUUUUAGUGAAUAUGGUCAAACUCUAAUACGUGUCUUCCUUGCCGUUUCAGGCUAAUCUAUCUCUUCUCCCUCUUCCUGUGCCUCUUCAGUGCGUGGGUAUCGAACAAGAGAGUAGACAAGUCUGUACAGCUCAACUUUAAUGUGAAGUGGGAGGGAUUUUCUCUCUCUCUAUUUUUGUUUCCUGCUAAUUGAAGUUUUUAUUCGCUAACUCACGUGGUUGUGUUACAUUUCAAUUACCAGAGUUUUCCCCGGCAGUGAGAACUAAAAGUGACCAAGCUGGGUAUUUGUUUGGAGAAAGGGACGUUGACUUUUGAAGCUUAGCUAGAAGAAAAAACAAGAAUUAGUGACAUACAACUUUUGUUGUUAUCUUGGUGCAAGAGUUGUGAUUAGUCAUCCACAAGGCAGACAAGUGGUUGAGGAACAACAGAAAAAAUAUCCAGAUGUGGUUGUCUCUAAUUUGCCAGAGAAGAUGUUGCUGCAAAAUGUUGCUGCGGACCAUUCAUUUGAAUUAGUCAAAUUUGUAGAUGAACCUGACUUUUAUCUUGCUAUUCUGAAAUUUGAGGCAGAGAGAGCAUGAACGAAUAGGUUCUUCUCUUUAAACUUCAGAUCGUUCGAGGAAAAGAAGCAGCAAUAUGAAUACUGUACUAGAGAUUAGAACUUAAAAGAAUAAAUUUUCAUUUGUUAAUCGUUAUUUCAGAAUCUUAAUGAUGCAAGUAAUGUAACGAUCAUCCUAGUCAUUUUGUGAAUUUUACUUAUUUUUCCAUUUUAA